AUGAACUGGGUAAGCUCUUCACUGGAAUUAGCAGGCUCGCUGCUUGAGUCCGUUGACCAACAGGCAGCUCUCACGCUAGCGGGGGAAGAGGAGGAGGAUGGAGAAGAAGAACAAAGCAUGAGGCCGCUGACUAUUCUGCGAGUUCGUCAACCGUCCGAAGAUGAUGCAUUGAGUACAGAAGAGACGAGACAUAGCAACCGAUCUGAGAUGGAGGAAGCAUUAGCGAUGAUGGUACAGGGUAGCGCAUCCAGCUCGAGUUGCACGACCACAGAUGCUGGAUUGCACACAGACAUGAUACCUCUUGGAUCGACAUCAGGAAGUAAAUUGACUGGAGUCGGGGGUACAGGUUCAAUUCAGGUGGAGAAUGUAUCAUCUGGAAGUGGUAAGGAAGCCCCUCUCAGUAAUAGCAGCAUGCAUUCCAGCACAAUGGACGGAGAAAACGAUCGAUUGUAUAAGGAGCUCGAGAGAGUAAAAAGAGAGCUGCGUGUGAAAGAGAAGAAACUGAGCAGUAUGCACAGAAGCAUGCGGAUUUGCGAAAAUGAGCUGGUUGCACUGGAAGAGGAGUGCAAAGAAAAGAUUUUGCGAGUGCAGCACGAGUUGUCAGUCGUUCAGCAGGACAAGAACUUAAAUGAGGAGGAGUUUGUCCGAGCCCUCGAGAUGAAGGACAAUCAAGUGCGUGCGAUGAAAGCUGAUAUAGAUGCUCUCUCUGAGGCGAAUGCAAAGCACACAGGUGAGGUCGCUUCCCUCAAGGCAGAACUUGUGAAUGCAGUUGAGUCGAAAGACACAUUGUGGACUUCGGCUGCAUCAGCGAGCAACGAAUCCGAGCAGCUGAUCCAGUCCCUUCGCUCUGAGCUGCAGGACACACUGGCAGCGAUGAACACACUGAGGCGCGAGCACACCGAGUCCAAAAACGCGAUGUAUUCGCGCCAGUCGCAGCUGGAAAGCGUCAACACCGAGCUCAUGAACAAUGUGGCCAGUUUGGAGCGUGAGCUGGCGAAGGCGAGGGCAGCCCCUUCUGCUGGUUCUCAAACAAGAUCUAUAGACGGUGCUAGUGUGACUACCGUCUCUAGUUCAGCACCGUUUGGUGCGAAUGCGAUCAAUGACGACUACCGACGGGUGCAACAGACGCUGAUUGUAACGAAGAAGUUGUUGCAUGACAAGUCAAGAACGAACGAGAUUCAGAAACAGGAAAUCGUCGCACUGACUGAUGAAGUCCAUCGACUGGAGCAAGUUAUUGCGACUGCAGAGGAGCGCUCGACACGAAAGCUCGAUGUAGUGUCCAUUGAGAACGAGAUAUUGAGGGAGCAAGUGGAGCGGCUAGCAUCCCAGAACAAUGUUGCCAUGGCUGCAAGUGACGAGCAACGCAUUCAGCGAUUGACGAACAGAUUGAUCGAAAAGCAGGAGACGAUUGACUCGUUGCGUAGCCGUGUAACGACAAUGGACGUCCGUUUCCAGGAUAUGCAGUUGCAAGUACAGCAAGCUAAAGAGCAGCUUGCUCGGGUGGUGCAACACGGUGGCAUUGAUGACGUGGAAAUGGCGACCUCUAUCGGAAAGACUGAUAGAAAUGGCAUGCGGUCACGGCCAAACCGCAUGGCCAACAUGAUCUCUCGCGUGGUUCCCGUGGUAGAGCGCAGCCAUCGCGUUUUAACGGUACUAGACGUGCUCGACCGCUGGCUGCUCUUCCUCGGCCGAGUGUUUCUGCAGGCCCCAUUCGCUCGCCUCGGAAUGCUGUGCUACAUCAUGUUGAUCCACUUGUGGGUGUUCAUCGUUAUAAGCUUUCACACGAGUCACCUGACCGAGGAGACGCAGCUCGCAAGCGCUGCUGAAAAUGCCAUUUUCAAGCCAGGAGAAGACCUCAUUCCAGGGGCAGCUCACCAAAUGAAGCAGUCAAUUUGA